AUGGAUGUCACGGCUCCACAGCUGAGCUACAGCUCCCCAUAUCACUGGAGCUAUCCCAACUCGGACUCCGAACUUUACAGCCUCUCAUCUCCAGGAACGAUAUCUCCUGUGUCUCCUCAGGAUGUCAGUUUUUCUUCUCACAUGCAAGCCUGCAGAGGAAGCACAGAGACUCACUCGAGAAGAACUGAAACUUUCACAUCUCCUUCCUCCUCGGAGGAAGGCAGAACCUCUUUAUCCAAGUUAAAAACAAUCAGGUCAAAAAACACCAGCAAGCAAAGACAGACUGCCAGUGAAAAGGAGAAGCUGAGGAUGAGAGACCUGACCAAAGCUCUUCAUCACCUAAGGACCUAUCUACCUCCUUCUAUGGCACCAGCUGGGCAAAACCUGACCAAAAUUGAAACCCUGAGGUUGACUAUUCGGUAUAUCUCGUAUUUGUCUGCGCAGCUGGAGCUCAGUGAAGACACACUGUCACAAAGAAGAGAGGCAAGUGUCUGCCAGUACCAGGAUGUGUCCUGUAGGCUGGGCUACCAGAACUGCAACCUGCCAGAUAAUUCACUGCUAACCGGCCGACCAUCAUGUCUCUACUCCACUGUGCCUAUGAACACCCAUAAACAUGAAAGACUGCAGAAUUUUCAGUGUGGCUUGAUUACAUCAUCAGAAGAAGGGAGAACCAGCUGCUGCGACCUGCUUCCAGAGUAUUCCAGUCAGGAAAAUGUGCAGCAGUAUCAGUCUGCAUGGCUAAUAAAAGAAGAAAUAGGCCAUGACUCCAUUUUGCAUCAGGAUGCCGGGAGUCCACAGAUAAGUCAGGUGUAUGGAGAGAAUUCGGACAUCUACCAACAAAUUGUUUUAGAGGAUCUAUGGAUCUGA